UCCUGGAGGAUCUGCCCGGAUUCCGCCUCCGGUGGCACACCUGCGGCCGGAGGGCGCCUUGAUGCGGGGCUCACCUGGGGAGGCCCGGUAGGCCAAGCCCCGCUCUGGGCGUGAGGUGCCCGGGCUCGGAGAGCCACCGGUGUCCCAGCGCCCGUGCCGAGGCCUCGCCGCUUGAGAGGAGCCGGACGGCCACACUCGGGCCUCUGCCCUUGUCAUGGGGGGGCUGCUGCAGCAACCGACGGGAUCGCCAGACGCUGCCCUGGAAUACUAGCGGGGCAGGAGGGUUUUUCCGCCCGUGCCACCCGGUUGGGUGGCGAGGCUCGCCACCGACAUGGAGACCAAGAUCCCUCCGGCCGUGACCCCCACCAGCCCCUCCUCGCCGGGGCUCUCGCCGGUGCCUCCGCCGGACAAGGUGGACGGAUUCUCCCGCCGCUCGCUCCGCCGCUCCCAGCAGAGGCGGUCCCACAGUUCCUCCCAGUUCCGCUACCAGAGCAAGCAGCAGGAGCUCACGCCGCUCCCGCUUCUCAAAGAGGCGCCCGUCUCCGAGCUCCAUGACCUCCUGUGCAAGAAGCUGCAGCAGUGCUGCAUCCUCUUCGACUUCCUUGACUGCGUGGCCGACCUGAAGGGCAAGGAGAUCAAGCGGGCGGCGCUCAACGAGCUGGUGGAGUGCGUGGCCACCAACCGCGGCAUCCUCAUCGAGCCGCUGUACCCCGAGAUCAUCAAGAUGAUCUCAGUCAACAUUUUCCGGACGCUUCCACCCAGUGAAAACCCCGAGUUUGACCCUGAGGAGGACGAGCCCAACCUGGAGCCAUCCUGGCCUCACCUCCAGCUUGUGUAUGAAUUUUUCCUCCGGUUCCUUGAAAGCCCGGACUUCCAGCCCACAGUUGCAAAGCGCUACAUAGACCAGAAAUUCGUACUGCUGCUGCUAGACCUCUUUGACAGCGAGGACCCCCGCGAGCGCGAAUACCUCAAGACCAUCCUGCACCGCGUCUACGGCAAAUUCCUGGGCCUGCGCGCCUACAUCCGCAAGCAGUGCAACAACAUCUUCUUGCGGUUUAUCUACGAGACAGAACAUUUCAACGGCGUGGCAGAGUUACUGGAGAUCUUGGGGAGCAUCAUCAACGGCUUUGCCUUGCCUUUGAAGACGGAACACAAGCAGUUCCUCGUCCGGGUGCUCAUCCCGCUCCACUCGGUGAAAUCGCUCUCCAUCUUCCACGCCCAGCUCGCUUACUGCGUUGUCCAGUUCCUGGAGAAAGAUGCCACCCUGACGGAGCACGUGAUCCGUGGUCUGUUGAAAUACUGGCCAAAGACCUGCACCCAGAAGGAGGUGAUGUUUCUUGGGGAGAUUGAAGAAAUCCUCGAUGUCAUUGAGCCAUCGCAGUUUGUGAAAAUCCAGGAGCCACUCUUCAGGCAGGUGGCUCGAUGCAUUGCCAGCCCACACUUCCAGGUUGCAGAGCGGGCUCUGUACUUCUGGAACAACGAGUACAUUCUCAGCCUGGUGGAGGACAACUGCCACGCGGUGCUGCCCACCGUCUUCGGCACGCUCUACCACGUCUCCAAGGAGCACUGGAACCCGACCAUCGUUUCCCUGGUCUACAACGUCCUCAAGACCUUUAUGGAGAUGAACGGGAAACUCUUCGACGAGCUGACGGCCUCCUACAAGGUGGAAAAGCAGCAGGAACUGAAGAAGGAGAAGGAGCGGCAGGAACUGUGGAAGCAGCUGGACGAGCUGCGGCUGCGCAAGCUGCAGGGCCUGGAGGAGGCGAAGAUGAACCGGCUCAACCUGCAGAACAGCCUGGCCGUGCAGAGCGGGGGGGCCAGCUAGGAGUCCCCCCGGAGCCCCCGCCGGGCCCGGGAGCAGCACGCUG